CUCAGGCUCUUGCCUCGCCCCUAAGCUCUCGCCGGGUCCCGGGCUCUAGUCCCGCCCCCAGAGGGCGGGGGCGGAGCGGGACCGCGGCUGGCUGGUUACUCCGGCUAGUAGCCGAAGUGCUAGUCCCGGGAAGCCGGGAGAAGCUACGGUCGCUGUCGCGCCUGGGCUUCCGGGAGAGCGUCGCCGUCGGGGAGCUCCAGCGCAGCGUCCGCAUUCAGCAUGAUGGACUUGGAGUUGCCGCCGCCCGGACUACAGUCCCAGCAGGACAUGGAUUUGAUUGACAUACUCUGGAGGCAAGAUAUAGAUCUUGGGGUAAGUCGAGAAGUGUUUGAUGUCAGUCAGCGACAGAAGGAUUAUGAGCUGGAAAAACAGAAAAAACUUGAAAAAGAAAGACAAGAACAACUUCAAAAGGAGCAGGAGAAGGCCUUUUUUGCUCAGUUACAACUAGAUGAAGAGACGGGUGAAUUCCUCCCAAUUCAGCCAGCCCAACACAUCCAGACAGAAAACAGUGGAUCUGCCAACUACUCCCAGGUUUCCCACAUUCCCAAACCAGAUGCUUUGUACUUCGAUGACUGUAUGCAGCUUUUGGCAGAGACAUUCCCAUUUGUAGAUGACCAUGAGGUUUCUUCAGCUACAUUUCAGUCACUUGCCCCGGAUAUUCCCAACCAUGUUGAAAGCCCAGUCUUCAUUGAUCCUAAUCAGACUCAGUCACUUGAAAGUUCUCUUGAAGUAGCCAUGACGGAUUUAAACAACAUGCAGCAGGACAUGGAGCAAGUUUGGCAGGAGCUACUUUCCAUUCCAGAAUUACAGUGUCUUAACACUGAAAACACGCUGGUUGAGACUACGAAGGUUCCAAGUCCAGAAGCCAAACUGAUGGAAAUUGACAACAGUUACAGUUUUUAUUCAUCCAUACCCUCGCUGGAAAAAGAAGCCGGCCGCUGCAGUCCACACUUUCUUCAUGGUUUUGAGGAUUCUUUCAGCAGUAUCCUCUCCACAGAUGAUCCUAGCCAGCUGACAGUUAACUCAUUAGAUUCAGAUACCACAUUGAACACCGAUUUUGGUGAUGAAUUUUAUUCUGCUUUCAUAGCAGAACCCACUGUCAGUAACAGCAUGCCUUCUGCUACUGUCAGUCAGUCACUUUCUGAACUUCUAUGUGAGCCUAUUGAUGGCUGUGAUCUGUCACUUUGUAAAGCUUUCAACCAGAAGCACCCUGAAAACACAGAAUUCAAUGAUUCUGAUUCUGGCAUUUCAGUCAUCACUAGUCCCAGCAUAGCAUCCCCAGAACACUCAGUGGAAUCUUCUAUCUAUGGAGACCCACCACCUGGGUUCAGUGACUCUGAAAUGGAAGAGCUAGAUAGUGACCCUGGAAGUGUCAAACAGAAUGGUCCUAAAACACAGCCAACACAUUCUUCGGAGGAUACAGUGCAACCUCUGUCACCAGCUCGAGGGCACUGUGCUCCCAUACAUGAUGCCCAGUGUGAAAACACAACAAAAAAAGAAAUGCCUGUAAGUCCUGGUCAUCGAAAAGCUCCAUUCGCAAAAGACAAACAUUCAAGCCGCUUGGAGGCUCAUCUCACAAGAGAUGAGCUUAGGGCAAAGGCUCUCCAUAUCCCAUUCCCUGUUGAAAAAAUCAUUAACCUCCCUGUUGAUGACUUCAAUGAAAUGAUGUCCAAGGAGCAGUUCAAUGAAGCUCAACUUGCAUUAAUCCGAGAUAUACGUAGGAGAGGGAAGAAUAAAGUGGCUGCUCAGAAUUGCAGAAAAAGAAAACUGGAAAAUAUAGUAGAACUGGAGCAAGAUUUAGGUCACUUAAAAGAUGAAAAAGAAAAAUUACUCAAAGAAAAAGGAGAAAAUGACAGAAGCCUCCAUCUACUAAAAAAACAGCUCAGCACCUUGUAUCUUGAAGUCUUCAGCAUGUUACGCGAUGAAGAUGGAAAACCUUAUUCUCCUAGCGAAUACUCCCUGCAGCAAACCAGUGAUGGCAAUGUAUUCCUUGUUCCCAAAAGCAAGAAGCCAGAUGUUAGGAAAAACUAGGUUUGGAAAGAUUUAGCCUUUUCUGAGCUAGUGUUUUUAUCUUGUACUGUUCUACUAAAACUUCCUACUGUGAUGUGAAAUGCAGAAAUACACUUUAUAAGUAACUAUGCAAAAUUAUAGCCAAAACUAGUAUAGAAAGUAACGAAACUUUACAAAACAUUAAAAAUACCAAUGUUGGAUCAGUUUCAUUUUAACAAUGAACUUAAUCUCUUAGAGAACACCAUUUGGGCUAGUUUCUGUAUAAGUGUAAAUACUACAAAACUUAUUUAUACUGUUCUUAUUGCAUUUGUUACGUUCAUAGAUUUAUAUGACAUCUGGCUAAAGCAAAUUGUUGCAAAACUAACCACUAUACUUGUUUUUUAUAUACUGUAUGAACAAAGAAAAUGACAUUUUUAUAUUAAAUUGUUUAGCUCUGACAAAAACAAAAACACCCAAAAACCUUAAGGGGCUGGCACUAAUAAAGGAAUAUCAUGACUUAAA